CGAGACGUCACACGAGAAGCCACACUUAUAGGAAAUCACACCUCUUAUGUUGUAAAUGGCCUACGAAUUGGUAUGCUUCUAUUUAUCUGUAACCCAUCUCAACCUAAUUAUAAGCUGCACUUUGACCUGACGUGUGAUCUGAUUAAAAUUUCUGGUAUACUCUCAUAA